AAUUAAUCGUGAUUGUCAGGACAUCUGUGUCUUAGCUUAAAUUUGUUUUUAAUCUCAACUCAAUUGAUUCUCUACAUGAUUUAUUCUUCCUAUAUAAGAAGAAACAUGAUUGCAGUAAUUUGCAUCAAAAUAGAGCUGAGAAAGUCAUUUGAGAUGGGCAUUCCAAAGGAUUAUAAUGUGGAGGUUGUCAAAAGAGAAGUUGUAAUCCCUGCUACUGUAAUCCAAGAGCAUGUUCUUCCAUUUAGUAAUAUAGAUCUCACAAUUCCUCCUGGUUGUUUUCAUGUCUUUUUCUGUUAUGACAAGCCCUUUCAAACCAGUUUUGCAUCUGUUCUGUCAACUCAGAAAAGUUCUCUGUCCAGAGCUUUUGUGUCUUUCCCUGCUCUUGCUGGAAGAUUGGUCAGCCAUGGUAAUGGGGACUUACAGAUGGUCUGCAAUGGAAAAGGGGGUGAAUUUUCAGAAGCUUAUGCUGACACUUGUAUUGCCCAAGUGGAGUUUUACAAUCCCAUUGCAGCCAUUGAAGGAAAGCUUGUUCCUCUGCUUGUAAAGGAUUCUGAAGGAAAUAGCUCACCAGUUUUUGCUGUUCAGGUAACAGAGUUUAGUUGUGGUGGCAUAGUUGUGAGCUGUAUAUUUGAUCACAGAAUUGCAGAUUCAUUCUCUGCCAACUUGUUUCUCACAUGUUGGGCCAAUAUUUCUAGAAAUGAGUCAAUUGGCUCCAUAACUCCAAGCUUUACACGCUCUAUUUUUAUUCCUAAAGAUCCUUCAAAUUAUAAUUCCAAAAUAAAAAAUGUAUAUACAAAGGUCCAAUCUUUCCCACAACCCAACAUACAAAUUCCUCAGCCUGCCAUAACAAGUAGAAUCUAUUAUCUCAGUGCCAAGGAUAUAGAAAAGCUCCAACAAAAUGCAAACCAGAAUGGAAACAAAUAUACCAAAUUAGAGGCCUUUUCAGCUUAUCUUUGGAAAAUGUUAAUUCAAGGCCAAGAUAUUGAGAACACAAUAUGUUGUAAUAUGGGCAUUACUGUAGACGGGCGUUAUCGUCUAACAAAAAUGGGAAUGCCUAGUAACUACUUUGGAAAUGUUAUAUCAUUGCCUUUUGCUAGGGCUAGAGCUGAGGAUAUCAAGAAGGAGCCACUUUCUUGGAGUGCAAAGGUAAUUCAUGAUGCAAUAUAUAGUGCAGCAAAUGAGGAGCAUUUUCAAAGCUUAGUGGAUUUUGUUGAGAUAUCAAAACCAUCAUUAGUUCUUCCAAAGAUAUGUGGAUUCAUAGAUGAACCAUCCAUUGUAGUGUCUUCUGGCUUACGCUUUCCAUUGUAUAAGGUUGAUUAUGGAUGGGGGAAACCUUGUUUGGCAAGCUACUAUUUACCUUUUGUUCCAGGUUAUGUGAUGCCAACCCCUAGUCCUUAUGGAGAUGGUAGUUGGCUCAUAUACAUGAACCUUCUAGUGGACCAGUUAAAUGCUAUUGAGUCCCAUCCUGAUUUUAUUCUACAUCUAAUCUCACAAAAUAUUUAUGGUGGUCAGAAAAGCCUACAAUUUCAACCAUUCAAAGGAUUUUAAUGGUUGUGCAAUUGAGAAAGAAGUUGACAUCCUUAUUAAUGGUUUCAAUGUUUUUCAGUGGAGCUGUACUAGAAGGGAAGGAAAUUGCGUUGUUGAUUUUUUUGGCUAAAUCAACAUCUGUUUGGAUUACUAUCAAGUUUGAUAGUAGAGGUGAUAAGGAUUGCCCUAUAUGGGAUUUAAAUAGUACCUUUGAGGAUAUUGUGCAUAUUGACUGCAAUGCCUCUUUGGAUUAUUGAUUCAUGCAAAGGUGCUUCUUGUGGAAGUUAUGGCUCUCGGAGUGUCUUUCCUGCAAUCUUUGUUAUUCCUUUUGUUAAUUGGUGUUUCUUUUGAUUAUAAGGGCAAAAAAUACUUAUGAUACCCACACCAUAACCUUCAAGGUCACAAAAGU